ACCUGUUCGUCUUGAUGUUAAUUUGUGUUUUGGGGUGAGAACAGCUGUUAAUUAUGAAUGAACACCAGAAGAAAGUGAAAAACCCACUAUUUAGUGUUUCCGUAACAGGAGGAACUCUCGAAGAUUUUUCACAAAAUGCUAUUCUACUUCCAGCCAAAGAGAAACCACCUCCACCUGUGAUUAAAUUGUCUCAUGAACAAAUACUCAGCGAUAUAAUUCCAAACAAAAAGACUUCGACAUUCCCACCUCAGCAGCCUGUACAAAGUUUCAGAAACCCUGGUCAACUGGAGCAGCACCAGCCAGCAAAUUUCUAUGACUCACUGCACCAACAACCACCAAACACCUUCGAUACGUUCCAAGGACAGCAACAACAAAAUCUUCCUAGUUUCUUCGAUUCGAAGCUACCAGAAGUGUCUGUUCAACAGCCACCCUUAAGCAGUUCGCAGACUCUUCCAGACUUGUCAGUCCUUCAACCACAUCUCAGCCAUCCUUCUCAGCAGCCGUCUCAUUUUUCGUCUGUCUUUUCUUCUUUCUCGAGCAUUUUGAAUAUAGGAGGCUCGAAUAAUAGCAAUAAAGAAGUUGAAGUUCCUCCGCCAGCGGGAAUUGAAAGUUUUGUUGGUCCGGAGAAUAGUAAUCCCGUACCAGUACCGCUGUUUCCAGCAAGUGCUCCAUCAGUUUCUUUACCAAAUACUCCUAGUACUACAGUUUCAGGUCCAGUAAAUGCCUUUCGACGAUCAGGCUUAAAACGGCCUACGUAUGCGCCAAUCCCUGGUUUUUCUAAUAAGAGCCAACCACCUAGUCAGAACAUACCACCACAAAAUUUGCCACCCCCUUCAAAUAUCCCACCAUUACCCACCCCAAACAUUCCUCCUUUACCCCCUUCAACCCUAGAAUAUCCAGCGCCCUUGUCUAACUACUUCAUCCCGCAGAACUCUUCAGUUUCACCAGCCAACUCAAUAUCAUCUUCAUCAAGUAUCGAGCCAUUCGCUCAUCCUCUUCCGAACCAGUUCAAACCUAUAUCACCUCCACCUCCCAGUGCUCACUCGCUCCAUCCCAUUCCUCAACCUCUACCUACUGUGCCCACUUAUCCUUUGAAUUUCACACAUCCUCCGCCACUAACUAGUGGGACACCGAAAGGCUUGCUCGGUCCAGUGAUGGAUGCUCUCCCAGCAAGCGAAGUGAUGCAGAAUUCCGAAAUCAACAGUAUAUCGGCAGCCGUUCCCAGUCAAGCAGCUAACGAUGAGAAUGUUGUGAACCCUUCAGUCAGCCAAGUAUACAAACCCGUCUGCCAUCACUGGUUUUACCAAAGAGAAUGUGAAGACAAAAAAAUAUGGGACCCAUUUUCCAUGAUAGACUCUCGUUCCUUAGAAGAAGCAUUCACUUCAAAUGACUUGGAUCCAGACAAAGUUAUAGCAACCGACGGUGGUAGAUAUGAUGUGAAUAUUCUUCGAAGGCAACGAACACCGGUCUAUUGGAAUGGUAAUCCUACAGAGGUUCAGAGGUGUUCCUGGUUUUAUCGGAAUGCCAGUGGCAGUAAAAUGUUACCCUACGAAGAAAAUGUUGCCAAUAUGUUGGAAGAGGAGUACAAGUCUGCUUUCGAGACGAACACAUGGCACAAAAAAAUCGAAUUACCCAAUGGAGAAGCCAUUAUAUUCCAUGGACCAGACGCGAUAGUACUUUUUCCACGUACGCCAAGUCCUGAUGCUUGGGGUAACACGCAAAGUCAGCAGCGUCCGAGAACAGUCAGACGUGGAGUGGAAGAUUUCGUUAUCGAUGAGGGCGAACCAGUUGAGGUUGAUCACAUUUUAUUCAUGGUUCACGGCAUCGGAUCUGUCUGCGAUCUGAAAUUCAGAUCAGUUGAGGAAGUUGUCGAUGAAUUCCGAAGUAUUGCUUUUCAACUCGUUCAAUCUCACUAUCGGUCAUCUACUGAAGAAGGAAAAGUUCAUCGAGUGGAAGUACUUCCGAUCAGCUGGCAUGAUAAGUUACAUUCCGAUGAAACGGGAAUAGACAAACAGUUGCGAUCUAUCACUUUGGAAAGUAUCACCAGAAUUAGAAACUUUACCAAUGAGACUCUACUAGAUAUACUCUUCUACACUAGCCCAGUCUAUAGUGAGAAGAUUGUUUCGACCGUUGGAAAUGAGCUCAAUAGGAUUUAUGAUUUAUUCAAACGAAGGAAUCCAAAUUUCAAUGGUGGGGUAUCUCUUGGAGGUCACAGUUUAGGUAGUUUGAUACUGUUUGAUUUGCUCUGUCAUCAGGAUUCAAAACCAGAACCUGCUGAAGAAGAAGAAGUUGUUGGUGAAGAUGUUUUUCCUCCAAAAGGAAAGUCCAAACCCCCUCCAUUCGAACGGAAAAUAAGUCGUCGAAUAAGUUACAUGAUGGGAUCCGUUGGAACUGGCCAACCGCAGAUAAAUUAUCCUCGACUGGAGUUUGAACCGAAGGCCUUCUUUGCAUUGGGAUCACCAAUAG